AUAAGCUACCUUACACGAGUACUUGUACGAGUACCGUGCAAGUACUCGUACACCACGAGCACCGGUAGUGUGCUAUGCCUCUUGUUAACGGUUUAACCCCUUUCCUUCCACCUCACAGUGUCCAGCACCCGGGCUGGCCACUGGGAUGCACCCCCCCAAUAAAUUUCACAACAUUCGGGUGGGAACGAUCAGACCGCAGGCGAUGUUGUUAUUACCGGUGCUCUAGAAACCAGGUGGGAGGAAAAAGCCCUUGUUUGGCUGUCCACACACCACCCUUCCCUUCCAAUCCCCCCCUAGUGCCCUGCUAUCACACCCUGCCCACCGCACCCUGCCCCCCAAAAAAUUCUCUGCUGCAUUUUUGUACUUAAGUCCCCUGCCAUCCGUUCAUUCGACUUCCUCUCCUCCUCCUUCUCUCCCUUCUCCACACUCCAGUCACUUCUCACACUCGCUUCGUGACCCUUCGAACCCUGCUAAUUUUCACCUUAAUCUUCUAAUCAUCACACUCCUUCAGUCCCAUCCACCGGACAAGCUUUUUUGACAACAAACAUCCCAAUCAAAAUGAAGUUCUCUGCUAUCAUCCUCUCUCUUGGCUUCGCCGCUCUCGCUGCCGCUCAAGCUCGCAAUUCCACUGUUGUUUCAUCGCCGGUUGCCGCUCCUACUCAAACCUCCAGCUUCUCCCCUCAGGUCGCCGCGUGCCUCGGCAAGUGCAAGGAGUCUGAUGUUACCUGCCGUGCUCAAUGUUUGGGUAUGUUGGACAAGCCCGUCCUCGUUUCAUAUGAAUUCCUGCUGAUUUGAAUUCCUUCUUUUUUCUAGGAAGUGCUGCUCCCAACGAUGCUUCUGCCAAUGCCACCAACGACUGUGUUGGAAAGUGUACCCAGGGAGUACGUUUCUUGUCCUAUUCCCUCCCGGAGCCAUACAUGUGCUCACAGUUCAACAGGAUGGUAGCGCAGCGGCCACCGAGAAAUAUGCCCAGUGUGUAACCGGCUGCAUCAACACGAUCUACCUUUCCACUUCUGCUGCUGCCCCCUCCGCAACUGGUAGCAGCGGAUCCGGGUCUGGGUCUGGGUCUGGGUCUGGGUAAGCCUACAUUCCAGCUCUCUUCUACUUCCCCACCCCCUUCAAGGGUAUUCAUCCAAGAUCACUUGCUAACCCGGUAGACUCCCUCCGAGUGUGGCUUCUGCCACAAGUGAGGCUGGUUCUGCAUCUAAUAGAGGAGAUUCUGGAAACCCUACAUCUGGUGGCGAUGCCAGUGGCACUGGUUCCAGUGCUGGCUCUACUGGCGCACCCAACGCCGGUUCAUCGGUCCAGGCCGGUGGCUCUUUCCUCGCUCUCUUCGGAAUUGCCGCUGGUAUCCUCGCGUUGUAAACAAAUCAUCUCUAAUGCCGAAUCAUUCCUGUUGUCUCAAUCACCCAUCGGGCGAUGGGGAGGCUUCGUGUUGUGCGUUUGGGUUCGGAUCUAAUGGAAUGGAAUGGAUUGGAUAGCCAAUUGAUGCGUCUCAGGUUGUACGUUACCUGUAUGCGCGUUGAGACAAUUGAAGACAUACCAGU